AUGGCGACGGUGCUUGAUAUUCGGUUGAAGAAAGUAAAUAAAAUAUACCAUGAAGGGGAGCUGAUACAGGGAGUGAUAUUAAUUCACAGUAAAACUGAUUUCCAGCAUCAGGGAAUAACUCUGAUAAUGGAAGGUUCAGUAAAUCUUCAACUGAGUGCUAAAAGUGUUGGUUUGUUUGAAGCUUUUUACAACUCUAUCAAGCCUAUCCAGUUACUGCAUUAUGCUGUAGAAGUAUCAAAACCAGGUAGACUAUCGGCCGGUAAAACCGAGAUUCCAUUUGAAUUACCUUUGAAACCAAAAGGAAACAAAGUACUAUACGAGACAUAUCAUGGUGUCUUUGUCAAUGUUCAGUAUACCGUCAAAGUUGAAAUGAAAAGAUCAGUAUUGAGUAAAGAUUUGAAUAAAAAUUGUGAGUUUAUUGUAGAAUAUAAAAAUCAACAAGAGAAAGCAGUAAUUAAACAAGUUCCUUUCACCAUCACUCCAGACUCCUUACAGAAUGUCAAAGAG